AUGACUUCGAAAGCGCCUAUUUCAUCGAAGCCCAAUGUGGUAGAAGCGAAGAUUAGUAAGAGAAAGCCUAGGCCCUGUGAUGCUUGCGCUUUGAGGAAAGUUAAAUGUAAUUUGAAUGAACAAAACCCUUGUAGUAGGUGCUCCCAGCAUGAGAUCGCUUGUACCAAUGUGAGAACCCGUAAGAAUCCUGGGCCCAAGUCUCUACAUGGUAGAACGUUGAAGGGGAUUGAAGAAUUUAAAAGUAGGACGGACUCAGACAUAGCUAAACAAAGUCAGAUACUGACUUUGACUAUCAAUUUAUCUCAAUUGGCCCCGUUUUUGUCCAUAUAUCAGAAGCUCUUUUACAGUAUCUGGCCCGUAGUGAGCUUAAAGGAGUUGAUGCGAAAUAUUGUGGGGGAGCAUCAUGAUAAAACUCCUGGUCAAGGUCUCCCAAAAGAUAUUCCAAUAACAAAAGAAAACUACAGCUAUUGCAGUCUAGCAUAUGCACUCUGUGCAGCUGUAAGAUGCCAAAUUUCGUUUGUAUCAAAGGAAGCUUCGGAUUUGGAGGUACCAAAAUCAAUAAGUGCUCUGUCAUUUGCAAAUCAAGCUCAGAAGAUCAAAAAUGAAUUUGAUUUCUUUAACGAACCCACGGUCGAGAAGUCAUUGACUUUAUUCUUCUUGUAUGCUUAUUGUGUAAAUGUCAAGGGAAGAGACAACCUGGCGGUUGUUUUACUUCGUGAUUCCAUAACUAUGAUCCAAAUAAUUGCCAUCAUAAAGCGGAAGCAGAAGGAGCCUGCAAACAUCUCCAACGCAGAUAUGCAUCGGUUUGUAAAGAUAUACUACGUUUUAUUGGUAACUGAACGAUAUAUGUGCAUUGUAAGUGAAGUGCCUGUAUUGUUAGAACUGAACUUACCUUUACCAAUGUUUGAAGAAGAAGAAUUCCCGGAAGAAAUCGCUGCAUUUAUCGAACUCAUCAAAGUCUUUUCUAUUCCAAGCAAGCAAUUUUUCGAUCAAUUACUUGAACAAAGAAGCCCAAGAAGUGUCUAUUUCAAAGGUGGGCUUACAUAUGUGGCUCCUCCCUCCAUCGACAUUCAUAUGAGAGAAUUACAAAAUGGUUUACUUAGAAUUGGAGUCUAUGUAUUGACACAAGAGUUGCAGAAAUUAAAUAUAUUGCUAUCAAAAUAUUGGAUGAUGGCCGUGGCCUGGAAGAUGUGCUAUAAUGGACAAAUGCUUGAGCCAAGCACUGAUGAGCUGGACCCAAUGGGGUUCUUGUUUCCCAUUACAAUUGCACGAGAAUUUUUGCAAGCCACUGGUGAAUUGAACUUAACUGCCUUUGAAUGCAAUGGACCUGGUGUUUGCAUUAAACUUUUUGAAAUAGCCAUUGUUCUCAGAUUAUGUAUAAAAGAAGUAAUCCCUGAGAAUAGACAUCAAUACUAUGACCUUAUAACAGCAAUAUUAAAAGUGAUGGGAAGAUUUAAAGCUGAUUUAGUGGACGUCUUACACCAUUCCAAGAAGUUCGCAGAAGUUGUUGCAGAUGGUAGUGAUACUCUUGAUAUUCAUACGAUGCAAAAUUAUUUCUUCAGUGAAUCUUCGUCUGUCACACCAGUCACUGGAGUAGGUGCUGCUCUGGUAGAGUUACCUCCUGGAAAGGUGCUUCCACAGGAUCCUUCGUCAUUAAGAACCCCUUUAUUCCCACAAUCACUGAAUAAUAUCAAUAGCUUGGAUGGACGUACUAAUUACCAUAUAAACUUAAAUGACUUCCAGUUUAACGAUUUCAAUAAUCUUGCAAUUGAGCCGUUGCUAGAUAAUAGAGAAUUAAUAGAGAACCAAUCGGUUGAUUUCAGCAGAGUUUUUAAUUUCGAAGUAAGCUCCAAUGUUGAAAGUAACUGGCUCGCAUCAAAAGGUUAUGAAGAGGAAUCGCCAGAUAAUAUGAAGGUAGAUAAUGUCGGGAAAAAUGAAAGUCCAGAUGAUGUUUUUGGAUAUUUUAACCCACAAAGUAUCAGUUCAGAUGAGCCCAAGUCGAACCUGCCUUCGAGUAUUUUACCGUUUAAUCAACUUUGA